CGACACGCAUCUGAAGAACAGCCAACCGUGGGUUUCCUGCUCGGCACCAUUGCACAAGCAGCCGCACCCGCGGAGGGGUGAGAAGAGGAGAGCGGGGGGAGGAUAGCAAAGAAACAGGCAAGGCUUUCUGAAGUCCGAGCUUGAUUCGUGAACAUCCAACCCCAGCCCCCACAGUGUUUCCCGGUACAGUCCGCUGCACGUCAAGGAGUGGGGUCUGGACCUGGAAGGGAGUUUUGAGGCAGAUUGGAGCUUGCGUGCACAAGAAAGUCUAGCUGAGGACUUGGCAUCCUCUUUUCCUGGGGAAUGCCAGAAGUAUGACCAACUCUCCUCGCCUGGAACAUCCUCACUUGCAGGGGUUCACAAGACAAGGCUUCUAUGGCGGCGUGGACGUGAGCUGUGCACCAGAGAAUAAUAUCAAGGCCCUGAGCAGAGAAGUGCAGGAGUGUGCAGAAGUGCCCCCGGAGCCCAUCUCUCCAGAUAGCAACCACACAGGGGUGUCAGAGGACGGAUCAUUUGUGAAGGUCGACAGUCCAGAUCAGGACAGUCCUGACCUGCCAGAGAGCAGAUUGGACAGCUCGCACGGUAGCAGCCCUGCGAACAUGUCAACGGAAGCUCAAGAUGAGGCUGCUCAGCUACGGCAAGCAAAGCAGACUGGCAUGAAUCAGCACAUCGCUGAGCUCCCAGCAGCUGAACUUCCAGAUCGGCCGGUGAGAAGCCAGAGCAGCAGCUUCCCCCGCAGCGCCGCAGCAGGUCCUGCUGGAAGGCAGGCGGGCCCACCAAGGCGCCAACAGCAGGCAAACCGGCCAAACAACCAUGCAGGGUACAUGGGUGGACAUGGCAUGUAUCACACUCCUCAACAAGCAGCCUUCAUGCAUGGCUCUCAGCAGUACAACCAAGCUCAUGGUCAGCAAGGCUCGCGUCACCCAUCCAGCAAUGGUCAUGGGCACCACCAGGCCUAUCACUCAGACAAUGUGAUACCUCAGAGCGUCGCCAUGACCAUGAUGUACAACCAGCAGUACACCGCUGCAGCUCAGAACUACAAUCAGGGAGUGUACCCUCAUCAGGGCCCCCAGCACUUUGGCUAUGUGCUGCCUCAUGCUGGUGUUGUGUGGGCGAAUCAGUAUGACGGCCCUCCUCAAGGCACAAUACGCCCAACCACUGCGCCAGUGUCUGCAAGCGUACCAGUGAUGCAGUACGGCAUGCCCUAUCCUCCCAACGAGUACAUGGGCGGCUACUACUCUCAGGUUCCACCACUGGCCCAUGAGGCGGGCAUGUACUACGGCUACCCAGGGAGCUAUGAGCCCUACAUGCAGGGACCCAUUUACAAUGCGCCAGCCAACAGCAGGAAGGGCAGCCUGGACAGCAGGCUGCCCCGACAGGCUAUUACCCAGUAUCAGCCACCACCAGCUGCCGGUCUUACCAACUUACCAGGGCAGCAUGGAUUCAAGGCACCUGCGCCAGCUGUCACUGGAGAUGGUCCAAGGGGGAAGCCUGGCAACAGGCGCCAGGGCUCACCGCCGAUGAGGGCAGAGGUCGACAGGGACCCGCAUCUUGGCCACCGCCGGCAGUCUUCCAUGCCCAGUGCCACAACCAGGGACAGGCUGCAGAUCCAGAAGGGGGGAGACACUGGGGCGCGCAGGCACAGGCGCACUCGCAGCAACGAAGACAGCAAGGUGCAGAACGAGGCCGGAGGCUCUGCCAGCAUCCUUGAGGCCAUCAAGACCAACCGUGGGAACCAGUACUACCUUAAGGACAUUGCUGGGCAUGUGUACGACCUCUGCAGGGACCAGUUCGGCAGCCGCUUCAUCCAGAUGAAGAUCGAGACAGCCUCGCCUGAGGAGGUGGCGGCCGCCUUCACCGAGGUGUGCGUGAACAAGGACCCGGCGCUGCAGCUGAUGAACGACGUGUUUGGCAACUACGUGGUGCAGAAGUUCCUGGACUUCGGCGACGAUGACCAGAAGGAGGUCAUGGCCGCCCUGAUCCAGGGCCACGUCAAGACACUGUCCCUCCAGGUGUACGGCUGCCGCGUCAUCCAGAAAGCCAUCGAGGUGCUGAGGCCGCCUCUGAAGGACAGCAUUGUGGCGGAGCUGAAGGGCCAUGUCAUCGAGUGCAUCUCCGAUCAGAACGGCAACCACGUCAUCCAGAAGUGCAUCGAGUGCAUCACGCCAAGCGAGCCCAUCGCAGACCUCCUGGAGGAGCUGGCCGACGGGCCGGAAGGGGCUGCCGCCGCGCAGCGCAGCAGGGCGCCCCUGCCGCCAGGCAAGCCAGCGCUCUCCGCUGGCUUUGUGCCCCUGGCACGCCACCCCUAUGGCUGCCGCGUCGUCCAGCGCAUCCUGGAGAAGUGCACCCUUGAGGACUACAAGCACCGCCUGGUGGCCACAGUCACGGAGAACGCUCUGGACCUGGCCAGGGACACCUAUGGCAACUACGUCAUCCAGCACAGCCUGGCCUUUGGCUCGCCCGAGGAGAAGGUGGAGAUCAUCCAGAGGCUGCAGGCUCACAUCGUGGAGCUGAGCACGCACAAGUUUGCCAGCAACGUUGUGGAGAAGUGCCUGGAGUUUGGCACACGCGACCAGCGCCGCCGGCUGGUGAGCACCAUGCUGGGAGAGGGCAGCGGCCUGGACUCGGCAGGGGCCGACCAGCUGCUGCAGACCAUGACUAAGGAUCAGUACGGCAACUAUGUCGUGCAGAAGACCCUGGAGAGCAUCAAGCCGUUUGAUCUGAUCUGGGCGCCUCCUGACUCAGAGCUGCUGGCCUCUGAAAAUGUUCACUUUUGCCCAAUCGAGCGCAUCUUUGUGGCAAAGCUGCUGGGCGCAAGUAUCAAUGAUCCCGGCCUCACUCGAUUCCUCGAUGUGACAGACUUGGUGUGCACUGAUGAGGAGCGAGAGGUGCUGCUGGGCAAGAUCAAGGAGUUCCUGACCAGCCUGAAGAAGCAGCAGUAUGGCAAGCACAUUGUCCUGCGCAUUGAGAAGCUGCUCGCAAAUGCAGCAGAGUGGAUUGCCAAGAGGAAUGCUGAAACGGAGAAGCGCGGUGCAGAGACAGGCUCACCCCACAGCGAGGAUGUGCACGACGCCUUUGAGCAGCUGUCCAUUGCUCCGGAGACCCCAGAGAGCGGCCCAGGGGAGACGGGCCCUGAUGCAGGCGGUGGCUGA